GCGACGAAUUGCGUGGUCUGUUUCCUCCAGAGAGACCGAUUCAAGAUGGCGGGUGCUCAGUUCGAGUAUGACGAAAGCGGAGGAACUUUUCUCUAUUUCCUAACGUCCGUAUGGAUCCUGUUCCUGUUACCUAUAACGUAUUAUCUGUGGCCCAAGGGACAAGUAGAAGAAGAGAAACGACUACAGAAGCUGGAAAAGGUGCACAGCCACAGUUUGUGGUACCAACUCAAACUCAACAAGACACGCUCCAAAGCCAAGUCAACUGCAAAGAAAGUCAUAUUGACGAUUGGAUGGCUCAUCUUCCUUAUCCUGGCCUACAAGUCAUCACAAGUCGAGAGAGACCAUGUGGAAUAUGACCCAUACGAGAUCCUUCAAAUAGACAGAGGAGCCAGCCAGGCUGACAUUCGUCGCCAGUAUCGCUCUCUCAGUCUCACGCACCAUCCCGAUAAAGGCGGAGACGAAGACACCUUUCGGAGGAUUGCUAAGGCAUAUCAGGCGUUAACUGAUGAAGAAACAAGGAAGAACUGGGAGGAAUAUGGAAACCCAGACGGACCACAAGCUACAACAUUUGGGAUUGCUCUUCCCUCCUGGAUUGUGGACAGUAAGAACUCCAUGUGGGUGCUGGCAGCGUAUGGAGUCGCCUUCAUGGUCAUCAUGCCUGUUGCUGUGGGCACUUGGUGGUAUCGCUCCAUCAAAUAUAGUGCUGACCAAGUCUUGUUGGACACCACUCAACUGUAUUAUUACUUCUUCAACAAAACUCCCAAUAUGAAUGUCAAAAGAGCUGUGAUGAUUCUUGCAGCAUCGUUUGAGUUUGAAAAAGGUCAUAACCACGAAGUAAUGGAGAGGCCCAGCGACAAUGUUGAACUUCCACAGCUGAUGCGAGAGUUAAGUCAGCUGAAUGAGAAGAGUAAAGAGCGCCCCCUGUGCUAUCCCUACAGCAUUAAGGCUCGCUGUCUGGUCCACGCUCACUUCAGCAGGAUUGACCUGCCUCCCAAGACUCUGGAGCUGGACCGCCAGCUGAUCCUAAGGAAGUGUCCCACACUGGUACAGGAGAUGGUUCAGGUGGUGGCUCAGCUGGUGGCACUGGCUCAUGCUGGAAGAGUGUCGAACCUCCCCCGUCUGGAGACGAUAGAGAACUGCAUGAAGCUGUCCCAGAUGACAGUACAGGGCCUGUGGGACAACAAGUCCCCCCUGCUGCAGCUGCCUCACAUCAGGGAGGACAACCUGCGCCACUUUGUGUCCAAGAGAAGAAACGUCCGCAGCAUCCGACAGCUCGCGACCAUGGAUGAAAAGGACAGAAGGGCUUUACUGAGGAACAUGACAGAUGAAGAGUAUGAGGAUGUUAUGGAAGUCAUCAAGAACUUCCCCAUUGUGGAGAUGGAUGUGCAGUCUCUAGUACUGGAUGAUGAGGAUACGUACACCAUCACUGCUGGAGCCAUAGUCACUGUGAACUGUAAACUCAAACGGCAGAGUAUGGAAUCUGUAGUCAGCCAAGGUGUGGAGGAGCCACCAGCUGCUGAGGUUGAUGAAGAACCAGAGGAGGAGGAACAACCAGAGAAAGUGGUUAACAAACCCAAACCCUGGCAGAAGAACCGGAAGGGGAAGCAGAAGGCAGGGAAGGCCAAGAAGAAGCCCAACAAGGCCCAGCAGAACAAGAAACAGCAGCAAAACGGAGCACUUCCGCUGAAGGAAGCAGAAAACAACAGGAUACAGGAGGUGAAGGCUGGUAAAGACGAGGACUCCUCCAACUCUGACUCGGAGGAUGAGGCAGAUCGGGACAACAUGGAUGAUGAUGGAAGCGGCAGCGACAACGACGGACAGAGACAAUCAGAAGAUGAUGAUGAUAGCUGGGAUGCCCUCCAGGCCAGGAUUAACAGGAAGGAGAAAGUGCUGGAGACCAAGUCCAAGAUCAGCCAUACGGUCCAUGCACCCUUCUUUCCUGAGGAGAAACAGGAGUGGUGGUGGCUGUAUGUGGCAGACAGGAAAAAGCACUCCCUGAUCACGGCACCCUGUAUGGUCACCUGCCUUCAGGAGGAGGAGGAGGUUGAGUUGAAGUUUGCUGCCCCAGACAAGCCUGGGACCUACCAGUACACCGUCUGUAUCAGAUCAGACUCCUACCUGGACUUUGAUACCAUGAAGACUAUAAAGUUGGACGUGAAAGAAGCGAAGGAGGCAGUGGAUGCCGAAGCCGCGUGGAAUCUAUCGGAGGAUGAGGAUGAGAAUAACGAUGAAGAGGAGGACAUAUCAGACUAUGAAACUGAUGACGAAGAAGAGGACUAAUGAUUCACCAUUCCAGCUUAACUUAACAAAUACAGCAGAAAUUGCACUAGUGUUAGUUGUAACUGCCACUUCUCCAACUUAAAAGGUGCAAGUCUAUUAGUGCAUGUAUGUACUUGGUCCGAUAAAAAAGAUAGUAGCUUGGAAAAAGUGUGAUUUCUUGGCCCUUGAAAGUUUCCAUUUAUUUUCAAGUGGAACUCAAUUCUGUUAUAACUGCCUUGAAACUUUUCACUUAUUUUCAAGUGGAAAUUUAUUCUGUUAUAACUACCUUGAAACUUUCCUUUAUAUUGUUAAAAUGUCAUCUGUAUUUUGAAAUUGCUUCUCAUGUAAAACUAUAGGGGGUUGGAAAACUUGGUUAUCUCUACAUUUUGUGCCUGGGUUUUUAGUAUGUGUAGCACUAACUCUCACUGGAGCAGGGUUUGUGGCCAUUCAUGCAAACAUGUAAACUGAUUUAGAAUACAAGAAGUAUCAAUUGUAGGAGCUUUAUUGUAAUAAGAGGAUCAGUCCAAUAGGAGCUCAGUAUACUCUGUGACUUAUAAUGGAAACGAGUCCUCACAGCCUCCAAUACCAAUACCAAUGUGACAGGCUAUUCAUAGUAUUGCAUACAAAUAGACUGAUUGUAACUGUCAAUUACAAUUAGUAGUGCAACCAAUGAGAGGGUGGCAGUCAUUGGCUUGACCAAUGAUAAAGUGGGUGCAUGUCUGCCCAUGUUUCUCACAACAAAUAGACUAGAUCUAACUGCCCAUCACAAUUAGUAGUGCAACCAAUGAGAGAAUGGCAGUGUUUGGCUUGACCAAUGAUAGUGUGGCUGCAUGUCUGCCAUGUUUCUCACAACAAAUACAUGUAGACUGAUUCUAACUGUCCAUCACAAUUAGCAGUGCAACCGAUGAGAGAAUGGCAGUUAUUGGCUUGACCAAUGAUGUGGCUGCAUGUCUGCCAUGUUUUUCACAACAAAUAGACUGAUUCUAACUGUCCAUCAUAAUUAGCAGAGCAACCAAUGAGAGAAUGGCAGUGUUUGGCUUGACCAAUGAUAGUGUGGCUGCAUGUCUGCCAUGUUUCUCACAACAAAUACAUGUAGACUGAUUCUAACUGUCCAUCACAAUUAGCAGUGCAACCAAUGAGAAAAUGGCAGUUAUUGGCUUGACCAAUGAUAGAAUGGCUACAUGUCUGCCCAUGUUUCUCACAACAAAUACAUGUAGACUGAUUCUAACUGUCCAUCACAAUUAGCAGUGCAACGAUGAGAAAAUGGCAGUUAUUGGCUUGACCAAUGAUAGAAUGGCUACAUGUCUGCCCAUGUUUCUCACAUGCACAAGAAAUAGACUUACCGUCAAUCACAAUUAACAGAGCAACCAAUGAUAGAAUGGCAGUUAUUGGCUUGACCAAUUAUAGGGUGGCUGCAUGUCUGUCAAAUAAUUUCAUUUUCAUGUCUUUAUUUUGUAUGAUUGAGGUGGGUGGGGCUAUCGGGCCAUACUAUUCCAUUUCUAUUAAUCUGAAAACCCUUGUGACUACAUGUAUGUUAACUUAAUAUCUUAUUGUGUUUGUGCAGUUCCUUGGAAGGAAACUAUGGCAUGUAAGUUUGUGUCAUCAAGGUUUUGAUGUAAUAGAAAUGGAAUCAAGGGUUUUGAUGUAAUAGAUAAAUGGAAUUUAUUGAAUUGAUCUAUCUGUUCAGAAACAAAGCUGCAUUUUGCUGUUCAAUGCACAAAUUGAUAUUGACAGACUAUUACUGUUUUAGUCUUUGGCAACUUAAACCGCACUUAAUAAAUGUGACCACAUUGCAUAGACAUGUCUAGUUACGCCGGUAGUACAUUUAUUACAAUGUCAUGUAGAUUCACAAUGCUCUGUAACCAUUUUCAAUCGUUGAAAAAUAUAUACCAUACUUUGUUGCUUUUUUUUUUAAAAACAAAACAGGAAAUUAUUAUCAAAG